UUCGCGACGAUUCUAUCCAUUCGCAGCACACGCUUCGAAAUCAAACUAACACACACAGCAACUGUGCCUUGAGCCCUCUGCCUUUUCUGUUCCCACUAGCCACGAUGCCUGCCAUGGCCAAGCCCGCCACCCGCCCCGCCAAGGCCGCCUCGGUGCCGAAGUCGAAGCCCUCUGCUGCCAAGCCCAAGGCCACCUCUACCGGCCCCUCCCACCCUCCUUACUUAGAGAUGAUCAAGGAUGCGAUCACGGCGCUGAAGGAGAGGACCGGCUCGAGCUCGCACGCCAUCGCCAAGUACAUGGAGGACAAGCACGGCGCGUCGCUUCCGGCCAACUACAAGAAGAUGCUCUCCAUCCAGCUCCGCGGGUUCGCCGCCAAGGGCAAGCUCGUCAAGGUCAAGGCCUCCUACAAGCUCUCCGAAGCCGCCAAGGGCUCCCCAAAGGCCAAGCCUGCCGCCGCCGCCAAGCCCGCGCCCAAGCCUGCCAAGGACGCUGCGAAGCCGAAGAAGGCCGCCGCUGCCAAGCCCAAGAAGUUGGCUGCCGCCGCCACCGGAACCAAGCGCAAGGCGCCGGAGAAGAAGAUUGUGGCGAAGCCCAAGAAGUCCCCCGCGGCGAAGCCCAAGGCCAAGCCAAAGACCGUGAAGUCCCCUGCCGCCAAGAAGGCCCGGAAGGUCGCCGCCUGAAGUGGUUCCGUACCCUGUAGGACUGAUUUGGACGGCGUGUAGGUCUUGUACAAACUAAGGAUGUGUGGAGCGUUUCUGAUCGGUGUGUUCCAUGCUAGGCAAGUUCUGUGCAUCCACUGUCCAGGUUGUUGGUGUAGUGUAAGGCAUGGUUAGGCUUCUUGGAGGGGUGAUGUAUCCAGCUCUUUUAUGAAAUGAACUUGCAGCUUUCUGAA